GCAAAGCAGCGCAGACCCCCCUCUCUCCUCCCAUGGCGACCUCAGUAUCUGGCCCACCGAUCUCCCCAAAUCCAACUGCCCAUGAUUCAUCACCGCCAUCACCACCAUCACCACCACCAUCUUCAUCAAAAAAUGCCCAAGACGAAGAAGAAGAGGAGGAGGAGGAGGAGGAGGAGGAGGAGGAAGAAGAAGAAGAAGAAGAAGAAGAAGAGGAAAUCUCAGAAGAAGGUAGGUUAUCUUCCGAAAGAUCGAAGCUCAACAACCUCUUCCGCCGCCUGUCGAGCGAGCGGGUAUCCGUCCGAGUCCAUGAUGUUGUCAUAAAAGGCAAUACCAAAACCAAGGACUCCGUCAUCGAGGCUGAAUUCGAGCUCCUUAGGAAUGCCACCACCUUGCAGGAGCUCCUUCAAGCGGCCGCCAUCGCCAAUGCUCGGAUGCAGAGGCUUGACAUCUUCGACUCCGUCUCCAUCACGAUUGAUGAGGGCCCGCCUGAGCUGCCUGGUACUGCUAAUGUCGUUGUUAAUGUCGUGGAGACAAAGAAUCCGCUCAGCGGAGAUAUUGGCAUCUUCAACAAGCCUGAGGCGAGAUCUUGGUCGCUUGAAGGAUCCCUCAAGUUGAAAAACUUGUUUGGUUAUGGUGAUAUUUGGGAUCUUUCCGGGGCUUAUGGAUGGGACCAAGCAUCAGAAUUAAGCACCGGAUUGUUGUUACCCCGAUUCAAAGCAUUAUCGACCCCUCUAUUGGCUCGAGCGUCACUACUCUCUCAAGAUUGGUUGAAGUUCUCAUCUUACAAAGAACGAUUGUUGGGCAUUUCCAUUGGCUUGGUUUCAACAAAGCAUCAUGACUUGGCUUACAAUCUUACGUGGCGUACCUUAACGGAUCCUUCACACAUGUCCUCCAAGUCAAUAAGGAGACAGUUGGGACACAGUUUGCUUUCUUCUAUGAAGUACACGUAUAAGAUUGACCACAGAGACUCACAAUUGAGGCCAACCUGUGGAUACGCCUUUGCUUCGGUGUCUCAAAUUGGAGGUCUUGCGCCUGAUAGUAGGAGCUUACGAUUCAUACGCCAGGAGUUCGAUCUCCGCUAUGCUCUCCCCUUGGGCUUCUACAAUGCAGCCCUCAACUUUGGGGUCUCUACAGGCAUUGUCUUGCCUUGGGGAAGAGGGUUCAUGAACAUGUCCUCUCCUCUGCCCGAGAGAUUCUUCAUAGGCGGCCACGCCUCUCCCGUGUGCUCCUUGGGUGGGCCCACAAUGUUGUUGGGGUUCAAGCCUAGAGGAUUGGGGCCAACCGACUCCAGAAGGUUAAUCAUUGAUAAACUGGAUAAAGACGAAGCAACUGCCUCACCUGGGAGGGAUGUCAUUGGGGGAGAUCUUGCCGUUACUGCUUUUGCAGACCUAUCUUUCAAUCUGCCAUUGAAGCUGUUCAGGGAAUCUGGAAUACACGGUCACAUGUUUGUCUGUGCUGGAAAUCUGGCCAAACUGACUGAGAAUGAGUAUCAGAAUUUUUCACUUCGGAAAUUUGCAGAAUCAUUCCGGACCUCCGCUGGUUUCGGCUUAAUCGUUCCCACCAAGUUGUUUCGCAUGGAGAUAAACUACUGUUACAUACUGAAACAGUUUGAGCAUGAUCGUGGGAAGACAGGCAUACAAUUCAAUUUCUCUUGCCCAUCUAUUAGUGUUUCGAGCUGAUGCUUUUCUUUUUCUAUGGAGAAGAGGUUUCCAUAACCACCGACAGACACCAAGGUACGGUCACCAUUGUUUUGUGUGGUGAUAGUUCCUCCACACACAAAUAAGAUUGUACUUCCUUUUUUUGUAUGCAAGGGCUCAUUUUAUAUCGAGAUUUUGAAUUCUGGCAAUGAGAAUUUACCAAAGCCAACAAGUUCUUUUCUCCCUGGAUUUGAUGAGGUGAUGGGCGUGGUUGUGUUUGAUUUUGCUUCUAAUGCUUUGAGGUGUGUUUUUCAUCAAGUCCAUCAUGAAAGGAAAACGUAUCCGAAAUUUUCAGCCA